CUGGGUUGCUUCUUCCAACUUUCCCUUCUUGCUUUCGUCACUAACCAGUCCAGCCCUUGUCUCCGAAUACUUAUCUUGAGCUUUUGUGGCUUCAAAUCCCAUCUUUUCUGUCACUCACUCCUGGAAGCAAGGCCGACACAACAUUUUUGAUUGUCCACAACCCCACCUGUCUUUCUUUCUCUCCCUCACGAAUUCGUUCAUCUUCGCUUCCUCAAUAGACCCUUUGCUGAACAAUUCCGUAUUCCCGAGCAACACGAACUUUUAAGCGAGACUCGUGGCCCAUACGCUCUUUGUCUCGCUUACCGCCCACCCAUGACCCCGCCUUUAUGAAGGACCCAUCAGCAUCAGAUAGAACGCAAGGCCAAGUCCAUCAAAGCUAGCAAAGGGGGAUUAUGCAGCGCUCAUUCUCGUUUAUAUGCAAACAGAGGGCGCUUUCAACAGUGCACGCUCCACUUCCUUAUAUCUUCCGCACACCGAGGACUGGAGCGGCUGUUCUCGUUCCCCUCGCUCUCUGUCUGCUUGAUAUCGUCUGUGACGACUUACGACCUCGACUCGAACUUCGACGACCUUCGACACUCCCCUCAUGUCUUUCUUUCAAACACCGUUGACCGACUUCGAGCAGGCUCUCGAGUUUGAUCACAUCGACACCAUUGACAACAUCUGCUUCGAUUUCGAAUUCAAUGCGCCGAGUCUUUUGGAUCUCAGCCCCGCCAUUCUGGGCGCGAGUGUCGACGCGCUCUACGAUUCGAUGGUCCGACCCAGCUAUGUCCAACUGCCUCCUCGCAGCUUGUUGGCCGAGAAACAAAUGUAUGCUCUGCCCUACAGCCAUUUGAUGCAUUCCGAGCCACAGCCAACAAGUCUCGGCGGCUGGUUCGAGGAUCCGACGUGGGCCUUUCAGUCUGCGCCUCGUCUAGAGAACAGCAUGGGCCUGGAUUGGGAUAUCGCUGGGUGGAGGGCCCCUGGAGAUGCUGCCACGAGGCAAUCCGGCUGCAUAGAUCCCAGGGUGAUCAUGAUCCCUUCUCCUGCCAUGUUUUCCGCUGUCCCUGCUUACGUCGCUGCCCCUUGUUCUGAGCCGGAGGACGAGGCCGAGCCGUUCAAGCCGUCGAGCCCUGCCGUCUCAGACACGGAGACGCUUGCUCCAGAGGAAGAGUUGCGGAGCUACGACUCCGAUACUGCUGUCGAGGACAGUGACGACGAUGAGAAGACCACGUGCAAAGAUCCUGACUUUGUGUACAUGCCCAAGACCCCCAUCAGGUCGCGGAAACCUGUGCGCCAGUUCUCCCCGAGUCCAUCAAGGUCCGAAUCCGUGUAUCUGCCGACACCUCCUCCUCCUCCUCCUCCUCCUCCUCCUCGCCCGACCCAGAAGAAACUCAAGGCGAAUCGCGGGGCCCGGUCGUCCGGACCGUAUCCGAGGACGAAGAAGGACCUGUUCCUUGCUACCCCUGAAACCCCGAGCCCCAAGUCGGUCAGACGUCAGGGUGGCUUCAACUCAGCGCCCAUCCCUCACGCAGCUGUGGCCCGGAGCACGAUCCCCAUCCCUCCGGAAGCUGCCUUCGUCACGCCGUGCUUCCACUAUCUGUUCCGCCUCGGAUGUGUGCUGGCCGCGCCGCCCGCGAUGCCUUCUGGCGGCGGCGUCCCAGUUCCGUCGUCUGCGCAUGCUAUGACCUGCACCGUCGGCACCUGUCCGCAGCGCACCUCGAACUGUGCGGACAUGGCGCGGCACAUCACGACGCACUUCCGUGCGGAGGUGAGUGUUCCGUGUGCCGGGUGCCCGAUGCGCUUUGCACGCGAAGACAGCUACGUGCGCCAUCUGGGGAACAGCGCGGGAUGUCGCCGGCCCGAUCUGAUGCGCAGCUCUCUCUUGAGGGAGUUUGAACACAUGCCUCAGGUGAUUGCGCUGAGGAGACGCGCGGAGAACGAGGCUGCGCAGGUGGGGAAUGUCGCCAUGGGCAAAUUAAACAAAGAACUCGGAAACCUGUUCAAGAAAGUGCUCAGAGCGGAGACUUGAUUGACGAACUUGAUUGUAUCCUUCUCUAUGUGAUGGUCCACACUGUAUCCGUAGCCUCUUGUAUCUUAAUCACGCUAUCUUAAUUCAACAUCCGCUGUAUCUGUCGUGUCGCAAUGAUCUGGAGUACGCCACCGUCACGCGUCAUCCCGAAUGCGUUCCUCUCGGACGAGCUCUCGCCCUGGACGCGUCGUCAAGGCUCUCCGACGUGACUGAUCUUCGCCGGGUGCAGUGCGGACGUAUGGGAACAAGGCCGUGGUCCAGAGUAGACAAAGACAGGACAGCGCUUCGUAGCAUGCCUGUGGGAGUGUGACUCCGGACCCUCGAUAUAUCAGAACGCAGAGACUCUCCUCCGUCCGAUGCCCCUUCGACGCCAUUGACAUUCCUUCAUUCAUUGACCACCCGGGCCCCCUCCCCUCUCUUGCUGUUCUCUACGCUGUGCUACCAUUCCUGCCCCGAGAAGACAUGUCGAACACCACCUCAGUUGCAGCUGGAUUAGGGCCGGGACUCACAUACACGCCGAUCCUGUUCGGUGGGGCGCUGGCGCUCUUAUUGAGCGGCAUUGUCGCGGUCCAAUGUAUCAUCUUCUUCAAACUCUAUCCUGACGAGUCGCGGUGGAAGACGUGGAUGGUGCGGCUGGUUUGGAUAAUCGACAUCUCCCACACCACAUUCAUCCUCGUCGCGUUGUACGACUACUUUGUAAGGCAUUUCGGCGACACGUCGUUCACAGCGUGGAUCCCAUGGUCCAUCGCAUUCACGAUCCUGUUUACCACAAUACAGACAUGCAUAGUACACCUCUUCUACGCCGCCAAGAUAUACCGAUCGAGCGGGAAGAAUCUGUGGAUCACCGUUCCAAUCAUUACUCUGGCGUUGGCACGACAGAUUGCAGCCGUCGCUGCCACGUUCGAGAUGUUCCAUUACAGGAGGUGGCAGGCGUUCGGCGAUCCAGACCACCUGGGUCCCAGACUUCUGUUCACCAUCGGCCUCUCGCUCUCAGGAAUCACGGACGCGCUGAUCACAGUUUGCUUGUGUUACUAUCUGCGAAAGAUACGGAUCCUGUCUUCCUCUUCUGUAAUGAACGGUGUCCUGGAUACACUCACCUUGUAUACGCUCGAAAAUGGGCUGAUCACCUGUCUGAUGACGGUCGGCGCGCUUUGCUUCUGGCUGUUCAUCCCAGGAUCUGCACUGUCCCUCAGUCUGCACUUUGUAAUCGGGAAACUAUAUCCCAACUCACUGCUAGUCCUGCUCAACACGCGCAAGGAGCUCCGGGAGAUGCACGCGGGCGACCAAGGCAUCCACUUCGAGAUCGCACACGACCACCACCUCGCACACUACUACGCGCACUUCCCCCACCGCGCCCCGGCGAGCCACAAGCUCCAACGCAGCACAUCUGAGACGCCCCUCCCGGUCCACCACGCACACGCGACGUACCUCCCGAAGUUCAAGAUCCACCACCCCCAGCCGAAGCCGAAGGCGGUGACGCGGAGCGCGUCGCGGGCUACCCGGAAUCGGAACUCGGCGACGUUGACUGCUGUGUCGGGGGACGGCGCCGAGCCGACUUCGUUGCGCAAUGCGUCGCUCAACUGGCGGCAGCUUCCGUGAGCGAGCAUCAUUCGUUCGUUUUUCGGGAGAAGACGCCCUGGUCUCUAGGGAGCUACUUUUGUUUCUGACCACCUGUCCAUAUUAAUACUCACUGAUUUGGUGCGCUGCACUCCUUUCGUUACGGUAAAUCUAUCAUAGUGUGCCAUUUGUAUACUGUACUCUAGCAUAAACAUCCAUGAUCAUCUUCGGAGACCCGC